GCUUUUUUUAUAAUAUUUACUGAAAUUUAUCUACGUGUAAGCAGAGAAGUACACUAUAAUUUAAAUGAUUGACUAUUUCAGUUGCAGAAUGGACGGAGAGGACUACACCCGAGACAGAAACAAGUGCUACGAGCAGAAAUGCGGCAUCGACAUGGGGUCCGACCUCGGUGACAUGAAUUUUAUGAUGAUCGACUAUAUUAAGGAAGCAAUGAAAGCUAUGGCAAUGAUGCGCGGUCAUCAAAUGCUUACAGACGUUACCUUGGAAGUUGGUCAGGAGCUUUAUCACGCCCACAAGGUUGUCCUGGCCGCUGGAAGCCCAUAUUUCAAGGCCAUGUUCACCGGAGGAUUAAAGGAGUGCGAAAUGAAAAGGAUCAAGUUACAGGGUGUUUCAGCAACUGCCAUGGCAUUACUUAUUAAUUUUAUGUAUACUGGUCGAAUUAGAGUUAAUGAAAAUACGGUGUGCCAACUUUUACCUGCCGCUACUAUGUUUCAAGUAAGUUAUUUUUAAUUUAUUUUUGUCUGGAACCCUAAUAAGAUGACAGAAAUCACGCCAAAAGGUUUAUAUAAUGUUAGAUUAAAUAAGUUUAGGGCUGCAAGGUUAUCCCUACCCGUCCAAUCAUUUCCUUACUUUCCGGCCGAUGGCCGCCUUCUGUAUACAAUUAUUAUUUCCAAUUUUUGCUUCCACGCCCUGCGCCACCACUUCUCGCCCCAUCUACAAACACUUGUUUAGUUCUACAAGGUCAUAUCCAAUCUUUCCCCUCACAAAGCGAUGCUAGAUAGAUAUGGAUAUUUUUAAAGAUUUUAUUCGGUGAUUAAUAACAGAGGGCUCAUUUUGUUUCUUAAAUAUAAUCAGGCUAAUCAUUAGAUAAUUUACAAAUGUUAGUUGUAACGAAAACUUAAUUUAAAUUGAAAUGAAGGUUGUUGUGGUAGGCUAUAAGAAAUUAUUAAAAUGCACCGUUGCAGUAAUAUUAGCAUUUAUUGCUAACACGAUUACACUAUCAGCCGAGAAAAAAGCCGAUAACAGUUAUUAUUAAGAAAACUGUAAAAUUGACGUCACUGAUAAAAACGCCAUGAACGAUAAGCAGAAUAUUGUUUUAAGUUUUUCUUUUUUUUUAAUUUAUAAAUGAGAUAAAAAAUGUUGUUUGAAUUAUCAGCUUUAAGCAAUCAAAACUCUUAGAAAAUGUACAUACCAAUCAAUUUGUGACAUACGUUCUUUGUUUAUUAUUUUCAAUAAAUAUAGAUUAAGCUGAAAUUUUACUUACAAUUAGCAUUAAAUACCCUGCACACAUUCUGGCAAUUCUUUUUAUCGCUUUUGUACACUAAAAUGCAAAUAUGUAACUCUCUUAGGAGUUCAGUUUUGCACCAAAAUACCUUACCUAUGCGAUUGGUUGCCUAUCAGUUUUCACUUUUAUGAAAUGUUUGUUUAGAUCGCAAACUUUAAAAUUUUGGGUAUUUCAUUCCCACCAGCUACUGUU